AUUUUUGUGUUUAUUUCCGGAAAUUUUGCAUUGCAACCUAAUGAUAUUUUUCUUGGUCGAUCGGUUAGGAGUUUAUACUAUGGCUAUAGAUUAAUAGCAAGUAGUACUGUUUGUUAAACUGCCUGGGGCACCUGUAUUUCGUGAUCAUGAAGUAGCAUUGGUAUAUGUACUUAUAGUCUGAGUGGAGGACUUAAACAGCCAUGCCAAGGAGCGUGUGUAUUAUUUUCCUAACUAAGCUUUCAAUUUAGAUUAAGUACUUUUUAAAAAGGCUUUAUUAAAUGGAAAACUUAGAUAGCAAAAUGGCGAGGCAGGCAAGGAUUUCAAACGACAGAGUUCACUGGUUCAUGAAUGACUUGACAUCGCGCAUCAUCGCCGAGUCAGGGAACCCAAAUGACAGGUUCCACCUGGGGAAGAUCAUGCUGCAGAGUCUUAAAGAUGACCCAGAAUUUAUUGUCCAGAUUGACGGAGCUACUGGCGAGACGGUAAACAGCGCAGAAACCUUAGAGAAGACCGUGCGGUGUGCUGUGGCCUUUAGGAACUUUGGUUUGCAGACUGGUGACGUCGUAGUUCUCAUGGCUCCGAACCACGUGGACCUGGCCGUGCCAUUACAAGCCGCUUUAUGCCUAGGGAUCAUCAUAGCUGCCGUUGAUAGUACACUUGGUGUCAACGAACUUCAAGGUACUUUUAGUGUGGACAGACCUAAAAUAGUAUUCUGCCAAAGCGGGAAAGCACCUGAUAUCCAAGUAGUGCUAAAUGCCCUCGAGCUGGACACCCACAUCGUCACUUUUGACACUGGUGAUUAUCUGGGCAGCUUCGCGGACUUCUUGGAGCAGCACGGUGAUGAUUCUCCCGUUGACGACUUCAAACCUAAUGAGUUUGACCCAGAAGACACAGUGGCUUUCCUCAUAGCCACCAGUGGCACUACGGGCUUGCCUAAAGCGGCUGCGGCGACACAUAAGAACUUCGCUAUUACUGGACCUUAUUGGUGGGGGAGAUUCACCGACUUCCCAGCACCGACCCGCAUGGCGCUCAUAGGCUCCCCUCUGCAGUGGCUGACUGCGCUGGUCAACUUCGUCAUGUCUCCGAUACUGCGCUACACCCGACUUCAAACCUCCCAGGCUAUGACCAAGGACCACGCAUACUACUUGAUUAAUACUUACCGGCCAACUUACACAGUGUUCUCGCCAACCUUUAUGACGACGCUGAUGAAGCCUGGCGACCGGGAACAGUGUGACUUUACAUGCUUCGAGUCCCUCAUGCUGGGAGGCAGUGCUGUUCCUAAUGAACUCAUCGCGCAGAUCAAGGAGGUGACUCCAGCCACCGAGGUGUGGAAUGGCUACGGCAUGAGUGAGCUGACGUCGGUGGGGUUCCACACUGACAGCCCGCCGCCCGGCUCGUGCGGCCGACCCAUGGGGUGUUUCCAGUAUAGGAUCGUAGAUUCCGUAACACAAGAAGACAUAUUUGAACCUCACGUGCCAGGGGAGCUGUGGAUCAAAGGUCCCGGAAUAUUUAAAGAAUAUUACAACAACCCCGAGGCAACAGAAGAAACGUUUGCAGAGGAUCGCUGGUUCAAAACCGGAGACACAUUCUACAGGGACCAGUACUGGAACUUCUUUUUUGUCGAGAGGAUCAAGCUUCUGCUCAAGUACAAGAGUAACCAAAUAUCUCCAGUGGAGCUGGAGAACGUGAUCAGGAAGCACCCUGGAGUGCUGGACGCGGCCGUGACCGGGCUGCCCGACCCCGAGUGCGGGGACCUGCCCGUGGCCUGUGUGGUGAGGCAGCCCGGGAGCGACGUCACUGCGCAGGACAUCAAGGACUUGGUCAAAGAAUCGCUGUCGGACUCUAAACAACUUCGCGGCGGGGUAAUAUUCGUGAGCGAGAUUCCCACGACCGCGUCUACUAAAGUGCACCGUCGAAAACUCAAGGAGUUGGCGCUUGCUAUGAUCCGCGAGUGAAUUUUGUAUACAACGAGCACAGAAAAUUUUGAUUUGAUGCACGUUUUUAUAACCCCCCCGACCACAGAAGGAGUAGUUAUAAGUUUAUAUGUAUGUUUAUCCGUGUCACCGUAUCUUCUAAACGGUGUGAGCGAUUAUGAGCUAUUUUUUUUUAUUUGAAAGAGAAUUUAAUUGAGAGUGUUAGCUAUGAUUGGAAAAUGUGCUAAUGGCCAUUUUAAAUUCGUCAGUUCUUUGCUAGCAACUUCUGAGGCUUCUAAGGUUUUUUAAAUUUUUGAUUUAGUUUUAUUUAUAUACUACAUUGUAGUAUUCGAAAAUAUAGAGCCCGAUCGGGCAGGCAAAUAGGCACGCGAUCCGCCCGAUGGCAAGUGGUCACCGCAGCCCAUGGACGCAAGACUAAAAUGGAUCUGAUUCCUCAUUAUAGCACGGAGUUACUGCAUAUGCGAAUUUGGCAAGAAGUAAGGGCUUACAAUAGAAAUGAAGGACACAAUUCGAAAACCGUAACACUUUACACUUUUUGGAGUCUGAGGCGCGAGGCCGAUUCGCACUUAACCGGUUUUAUACAUUACGGUUUCUGUUAAUUUUUUCUUGAUUUUCUAUGGGUCAGUGGAGUGAAAAAGAUUGAAUAACGCUGAACAUACAAUAUAAUCGUAAUAUAACUACCGCAACGCAAUUUUGUGAACACAUAAUUAAGUAUAUUAAGUAAGUAGACAUUAAAUAUUAUGUUUUAGUGAUCACGAAACUCAGUAUUAAAUAAAUGUGAUAUCUAAAUAAUUA